AUGGCAAAAUCGACUGUUUCAACGAAGUUCAGAGAUCUCUUUUCAUCUCGGAAAGUCGUUUUCACACCUUACCGAGAGUCCGGACUACUGGUUCUGGACUGUAAAAGCCUUGUAUUCCUAUCGGUAGAUCCUCCAUCUGAUGUACACGAUGUUCCCAGUUACACAAAGGUUUCGGUAAGGAACUUGUAUUUAUUAUUUAUAUUCCUUAGACUACAUUGAUUAUUGGAAUUCGAACGUUUUUGUGACCAAACAAUAUUUUUAGACCAUUAAAAUUAUCCGGAAUAUUCCCGGACUCAGCGAAAUCUGUGAAAUAAUCCCGUCCGAAAACGGGAAAUAUGUGGUUUUGUGUGGAAUUCGUUUUAUUUUCAUCGUAGAGAUGCCCAAGGAUUUCUGGAGUUGUCAAUCCAUCACAAGUUCGAGGACUUUCUCUCACUUUCGACCAACUUAUAACGCAGAGUACGUUUUGAUUUAGAUGUAUAGUUGUGUUUUUAGUUUUUUCAUGAUCAAUCCCAACCUUGUUCUUGCUGAUAAUGGAACACCGAUUCGAAAGUGCGAAUGGUUGACUUCUGCCAGUUUGAGGAUCCCAUUCUCAAUGUUGGGAGUUUUAUACGAGGACAACAGUCUCAGGUGUGGAAGACUUUUGAAGUUUAUUUUUCUUUAGAGUGUAUAAAGUAUCGGAUAGCAAAAGUCAACCUGUCGUUGGAGUGAACUUUGAGACGGUGAUUCGUGUUGGAGAGGAGGUCUCCCACACGAGAGGACUUGGGAAUGCACCUAAGAUGGGUAUGAACAACUAAAAUUACUAAUUUCGUUUUUAGUAUCCUUUGUAUUUGGACCUCAAGUGGAAGACGCAAAUGAUGAUCAGGAUUGGGUAUCAGUUCUUGCAGUCGACAGCGAAGGAGAGAUCUAUUAUACCGAGUUUCACUUUAAUUUUGACACGUAAGCUCUUAAAGCAUCAUGGGUUAUAUUUACUUUUAUCUUAUCUUUAGUGAUGCUCAACCUAUUGGUCCAAUAAACCUUGUUGGAAUCAACCCAUCAGAAGCCCAUUUAUACAGACAGACGGAAGAUUUGGUUUACAUAAAACAUUCCGAGCGAUGCAAAUUACCAACUUUCGCGUUUUGUUCAGACAGCGGACAACUCUUCCAUGCCGUUCUCAAUCGAAAAUCAAGUGAUGUAGGUGUUAACAAAAUACUUAUCACUUUGUUAACAAAGAUAACAUCGAUACUGUUUUCCAGGAUGUUGAAUUGAUAGUCGUGGAUUCAUUGGAGAUUGAAGAUUGGGAUCCAAAGAAUCUAGUAGUGGUUUUGAGGAGAGGUGAGUUAAUUUUUGAAUUGUGGAUAUUUUUCUAGAUCCAAUUGAAUUGGGACAGUAUCUGAUUACCACCGACAAGCAAGUACUUUCGGUUGACUUGAAUCCAACGAUAGAAUCGAUAGCGUCGAACAGAGGUGCCAAUGUUGAACCAUCCACCAUUAGAGCCCUUUUCAAAUGCAUUUCGGCCGAAGAAGUCCAUCUGACCAGCAUUGGUCUAGUCCUGUUGGCCAAAGAGAAUGAUUUUGUUACACUUCUGGCCGUAAUGGACUCUGAAGACAACUACUGGGCUAAUAUCAUAUAUCGAACUGUAAAAGGAAACAAUUUUAAACUAGAAUCCAUUCGUAAUGUUCAACCACCUCCCAGAAAGUUGAAAACCAUUCUCAGCGAGAAAAUGACUGGGAGUAUUGGAAUUCCUCAGAUCUCCAUAAAAGCUGUCAGCAAAGAAGACCGUAAUAAAGUGAUCAACGAUGCAGCUGAUAGACUUCUCGCUCAAGUAACACAUCAGAAGGAAAUAUCGGAGACUGUUCUAGUUUUGUAAGUGGGACGCUCCAUUUUUAAAUAUUAGUGUUUUAGUCUCGCUGAAGUUGAGAAACGAGCGAAAGCGCUAAUCGACAGCAAAGAAGAGGCCGACCGACGCCUUUCAAUCAUAUUCGAUAACAUUCAAGAAAGCAAAAUGAAACUGGCAUGCCAAAGAGAUGAAUAUAAGACGUUAGAUGAUAGAUUUGGAAGGGUGUGUUUGUUUCAAUGCUGUUAAAUCCUUUUUGCAGAUUAUUGAUGCGGUUGAGAAAAAAGCAUACAACUUGAAAGAUGACCGGCAGGCCAGAACAAGCUUAGAUGCCAUACAAAAACAAUGUUGUGAUUUUUCAAGAGAAUUAGCGUCAGCCAACAACAAUAUGCUGAAGGUACAAGCAAAACUCAAGGCCCCAGUCAAACCAUUCCAGGCUUCGGUUAAUGCCCAAAAAUUCAUGUUGUCAAAGAAGUAAGUUGCGUUCGGAAUGCAUAUUUUUUAUUUUCAGCACGGUGGAAAUUGCUGAACUUGAGAACCUUUUGAGGAAACUACAACGGAAACUCGUUAGGAUCGAAACCGAAUACUGA